CCUUGGUAUUUGUUACUUUUUGAUGGGAAGGCCGCGGUAGUCCCUUGGCUAACAAAGUAAACAAUUUGAGGGCACAAGACUUCUAUUUCAUCAAUAUUCUCUAUCAAUCCAUGUCGCGCUUUUUAGCAUGUUGGAGACAAUUGACAGCGCGUUCUUUGGUAUCUAAUUCUUCGCCUUUUCAGUCUAGUUGGAAUGUGCAAGGCGCUUACAGUGGUGUAGAUCCCACAGCUGGUUCACUACAUGUGGGGAACUUAGUAGCUUUAAUGCCUUUAAUACAUUUGUAUUUGCAUGGCAUUCCCGUGUACAGCCUAAUUGGCGAUGCAACCGUUCAGCUUGGUGAUCCCUCUGGAAGAACUACUGGCCGACACGAACUGAAACAGGAUGUUAGAAAUCGAAACAAAGAAAACAUUGAGAAGCAAAUCCUUAGCUUACCUGAGAAGGUCAUUACAUACGCCAAGGACUGUCAGUAUAAGUGUGAAGGUGCAGAUGCUUCUCCACUUACUUGGAACAUUGUACACAACCUGGAUUGGUACAAAAAUAUGAACUUGCUGACUUUUCUUAAUGAAGUAGGCCGUCAAGCACGAGUUAGUCAAAUGCUUGCUCGAGACAGCGUAACCUCUCGUCUACAAAGUUCGUCUGGUAUAUCCUUUUCAGAACUUACUUAUCAAUUGUUGCAAGCAUACGAUUUUCUUCACCUUUAUAAAAAUCACAAAGUAAACCUACAAAUCGGUGGCAGUGAUCAGUGGGGAAACAUCACAGCUGGUACUGACCUCAUCCGUCGAUUCUAUCCAAAAUCAAUGACAAAGUCCCCAGUAUACGCCCUUACUACUCCUUUGUUGACGACCGCUAAUGGUCAAAAGUUUGGCAAAUCCGCAGGAAAUGCUAUAUGGUUAGAUCCAUCCUUGACCGAUUCCUAUAGUCUUUAUCAGUCUUUUAUUUCCCUACCUGAUGAUAUCGCCUCCAAAUAUUUGGAUAUGCUAACUUUACUUUCCAGCGAGGACUUAGAAAGCAUAAAAUCAAAACAUUUCCAAAAUUCUUCCUCUCGUUUUAUUCAGCAUUCCCUUGCAUUUAAUGUUGUUCAUAUGGUACAUGGAAAAGAAAGUGCCAAACUUGCCCAGCUGCAAACUGAACUCUUGCACGGUUCUCACCCUGCGCCCUUUGGCUUUUCUGUUUCCGCGGAGAAUAGCAUAUUGCCAUCAGUCGAUAAAUUAAAGGAUAUAUUUAAGACAUCUAAUUGUUAUUACAAGGUUGAUUCUUCCACGGAUGCCAUCCCUUUUUCUAGACUACUACGUGAGCUAGGUAUUUAUAUUUCAAGAAAAGAAGCCUCCGAACAUAUUCGAUCAGGUGCAAUUUCCCUCGCACAUGAAACAGUAGUUGAUCCUAAUAUCAUCCUCACACAUAAGGAUCUCGCCGUUCUUCGAAUUGGAGGACGCCGUGCCUUGAUUUUGGAUUUUACAUGAUCAGCGAUUUCCCUUUACUUUUAGCAUAACACCCGUUAACAGCUUUUUUGUCAUUUUCUUUCAUUUAUUAAUUACGCGUAUAUAUAUAAGGAACUCAAAAUUUUAUUCUAAUAUACAUCAUUAAAAAGACUAUCA